GAUAUCUUACUUAACAAACAGGGCGUUGCUUGACAAAUCCUACCUGUAGGUAAAGCUUUACCAUGUAUCGAAUGACCUACGGACAAAAUAGUUGCUGUAUUCGACCACUCGAGCCAUUUUCCUUAUACAGUGUUAGCCGGUACAAAACGGUUCUACUAUGAAAAGCUUAGCGGUUGCUUGUUUCGGCAGUAACCUUGCACAUUAAGUUCGCUCACUGGACGCGUUAGAUGCUCGCAUUGGCUAAUCCAAUGACAUCAACACCAAGCCUUAAUGAUUUGCCAUUCGAAGCGGACCCGCGGCGCGAAUGGACUCCUCCGCGAAUGGAUACCCCAGAGCAUCUCUGGGACACGCCGCGCACGGCAAUGUCCUCUCCUGGUGCCAACCCAUGGUCCAUACAGCUCACAAAGCCGGAGAUACGUCCAUGGACGGAUAGCCGCCUGCAGCCCGACAAAGGCCGAGCUAAACAACCGAAUCCAUCUCCCGCUACGCCGAACCAAACCGCUCCCCUCGAGACGGGCCGCCCAGUCUCUAAUCGACAUUCCAGUCCCAAACGCGUGGUUUGCUCAGAGUCCAGCGCCUCCCAACUGCCCUCGGUCCCGAUAACUACGGUAGGCCGGGGCCAUGUCAUCACAUCAUGCUCCUCGCCGUCGCCGCCGCAACAGGGCGCGGCCACCACCACGACCACCACCAUCACCAGCAACGGCAACACCACUACUACGGACAACGCGAACAGCGCUAGCAGCCGCCGCGCAACCCUUAGCAUGGCGGCACAGGCGGCCUUGGCCCCGGACGUGGAGCCUCCACUCGGCGGCAGCGGGGCCUUGCAAAUGCCGCUUCUGCAAUCCAUACAGGACCCCAUCGAUGCCUACCUGGCUCGCUUCCAGCUGCACCAGCGCAUUCGAACAGCCUUCCAGGUGAAGGAGGACGAGCAUCGCAAGACUGUACGGCGCCUGGGGGCCAGGAUUCAGGCCAUGACCGAGUCCUGCCGGGCGGUGGAGGAGGCGCACCGGGCGACCCAUGGGUCAUCCGGCAGGACCUCUAGGGCAGCAGCGGCAAGGGCAGGAGCAGUAACGGGAGCGGGUGCGAAGGCCGCAGGGGCGCCAGCGGGCACGGACUCGGAGGGCGAGGUGGCGGCGGCGCCAGGCCAGCAGCAGCUGCAGCAGCAGCCAGGCCAGCGGCCCAUCCUGACCAGCAGCAUUCCCCGCUCCCCGCGCUCCCGACCUCCCACUGCCACCUCAGCUCACCCCUCCUCGCUGCCGGAGCCCCCUCUGGGCCGCAAUCGCUUCGCAUCCCUACCCUCUCCGCCCCUCCCCUCAGCCAUAGCCGCCACCGCAGCAUCCACCGACCCAAACCAUCCCUCCCGCAUCACCGGCGGCCGAGCCCGAACCGACACCGGCGUCCUCGAAUCCUCCCCACAUACCCACGAAGCCUCCCCCUCCAUCGCCGGUAACCCUGUCGCAGCGGCGGCGGCAAUCGUGGCCGCCGGGUUAGCCUCCGGCGCCAGUACCAAUUCCGCCGGCGCCGCCGGCGGUAGCCCUCGCAGCGGCGGAGUGACCCAUGGGUCGUCUUCCUCCUACCCCAGUGCCGCGGCGCAGCAGGGCGCCUACCUUGCGCUGCCCAACGGCAGUUUCGCGGGCACUGCGCCGCUGCGAGGUGUGCCCACCACCGAGGGGCUGCUGUUCGAGCGGUACUCGCGGCGGCACCAGGUGGAGGACCUGCCGGAGCUGCAGCUGCGCUACCUGCGCCCCCCGGGAGCGAUGGUCCCCCGCCACCAGUCCCGACCCCUGAAGCGAGUGCCCAGGCAGCCCCAGCCGCCGGCGAGGGCGCUGCCCAACGGCAUUCCCGCAAGCAGGCUCGAAGGCCUUUCCGCCCGCCGCCGCAGCCACAGCCCGCCCAAGCUCUACCAGCAGUCCCCACCGACCCGCCGACCCGAGCCCGUCCUCCUCUCAGGCGAGGUAGCCACCGCCGCUCUGCCCUCCCUCUCGCCCUCCCCCUCCGCCUCCCCGCCCCGCUCACGCUCGCGCUCCCCGGUCUCUGCCAGCACCUCGCCCCCACGCGAAACCACCGCCACGGGAGGCGGCGGCAGCGGCGGCCCCCACGGCCCCUCCCGCUCCGGCUCCUUCCUAGAACACGGGGGCCGCGGCGGCAGCGGUGUUGCUGACCGGGGCGUAGCUGCAGGCCAUGCUCAGCUUACCGCUACCACCUCAACCACCAACACCACGAGUACCUCCCCGCCGUACAGCUCUCCAAAGGGUUUGUCACGGGGCGCUGCUGCAACCACAAUAACACCAGCUUCCACCGCAGCCGGUGCCGCUGCCUCAACCCCAGCCUCAGCCCCCGCUACGGCCGCUGCUGCUGCCGCCUCUGCUCCUCCCACUGCCGGAGCUACCGGCGGCAGCAGUAGCCACGGUGCCCCUGCUCGCGGCGGUACCCCUGCCAACAAUACCACUGCCAGCAGCACCGCCGCCGGCGCUGAUGCAGGGGGCGGCGGUGGCAGUGGAGGCACGCUUGCCCAGUACCUGGCCGUCACCACGGUCCCUGGCAGCGGCGAGCCGCUGUUGGACGAGAACUUCUACGACGUACUGCAGCAGCACUUCAGAUCCGCUGCCGUACAGCAGACGCAGCAGCUGCGCGCGCACCUCAACGUGAACCUGCCGGCUGUGCUGCAGGCCAUGAACUGUGUGAACGUGACGGAGCGACCGCCGCUGUCCGCCAUGCAGCAGCAGAUGAAGCGGCAGCAGACGCGGGAGACGCAGACGGGGGCGCGGCGGCAGAGCAGUGAGACGCAGACGCUGGAAAUGAGGGGCGCGGAGACGCAGACGGCGGUGACGGCGAGUACGGAAACGCAGACGGCGCAGGGGGGAGGGCUGAGGUCGUCGUUUGGAAGGAGAGGAGGAGGACUGGGAAGCAGGGAGGGUGGGAGGAGCGGUAGCGGCGAGGGUGGCAAACGGAGCAGUGCGUAGGCGGGGUGCGGAGGUUGGGAGUGGACGGUUGGUUGGGAGGUGCUGGGAGGCACUGCAAGGCAGGGAGGCGGAGGGCGCGGCAGGGGCAGCGCCGAUAGGAGCCUGCAUGCUUGGGUUUAUGGGAUGCGCUCGUGCGUGGAAGGGGGGCGCAGUGAUGAAGGCGGGUCCUGGGUAUCAGGGAUAUCUUUGGAUGCGGGCGCUGCUUACGACGGGGAGCAUCGCGGGCUCCCGUGCGGUGUGUCGCCUAGUGCGCAGGAGGUGCAGUACAGCGGUGGGAUGGGGCAAGAUGGGGGCCAUCACACUUGUAUGCGGGAUGAUAUAAGCACCGAACUGGCGCAUUGCGAGGAUAUGGUAUUCUUAGAGGCCCUGGAGCUUGGGGCGGUGCAGGUAUGAAGGUGUGGGUUAUGAAGGCAGGGCUAACGAACGUCAACGAAACGCUUGAAUGCAUUGACACCUUGCAACUGCGGAAGAGAGGGGCGAUGUGAAACCCCGUCAAUAAGCGCCAUGAUCCGCUUGGGAUGUUCUGCAAUGUUUUGUUCUCCGAUGCAGGCUACCGGGUGAGAGCUGUGUUGUGAAACCGCUCUGCAUGCCCACGCGCCAAGACCCGGGCACCCGGCGUGUGAAGGGGGUUGGGGGUCAAACAUGUUGCGCGUGAUGGGCGAUUCCUGGCUUUGCAGGUUGCGGAUAUGGCGCGUUGUGGCGUGUGCCAUCAUGUUAUUAACCAUGCCGUCGUCAAGGCACCCGGGGAAACAUGUGUGCCACCACGGGCGCUGGUAGUGCUGCUAAAUUGCUGUUCAUUGCAGGUAUGAUGUUCAUGAGCGGUGGCUGUCAUACCUGAGCUCGUGUGUGGCGUUUCUCGGGACUUGUGCACAUUGGUACUCGAUAUGGGUUGUGGGCAGCAGCAGCAGCAGGUGACUUGUGCUUACCACCAAGUGGGGCUCACAGAUGUGCGGGGCCUUUUGUCAUAGCAGCAACUAACGUCGCCAUGUAUGGCUGUUUGCUGCUUCUGGUGUCAUUCGGGUCCGUGGCUGAUGGCUUUGUGCCAUUGGAGACCGCUGCUCCAGGUGGAGGUAUCACUGCCGCCGCUGUCCUUUCCUUCCGCCUGUUGUUGCUGUUGUGGUUGGGGGGGCUCAGGUUGCCUCCCGAGCAGGCUAGUUGGGGUGCACUUCAGGGAUCCCCUUCACACUGAAGUUUGGUGGGAGCUUAGCGAUACAUUCUCUCCAUCAUUGAUGGCUGUUUUCUGCUGGUC